UUCAGUCCCUUUUUAAUGAAAAAUAAAAAUGGAGUCAAUUAUACUUGCUAGAAGAAUAUUAUUAAUCCCAACACACAAGAAUACCCAAAAGUUUCUUACUAGCCACAAGCUAUCCUAACCUUAAUGAUCAAGUCAAGGAAUGAAUUUUCCUCUUCUUUUAUACCACUUUUACUUUUUAUGUUUUGCCUCAAAAAUAUUCAAGAUCAUAGCAUAUUAUCAUCAUCAUGCCAAAAUUACAUGGAGGGGUUCUUCUUCCUUUCAUUCUUUUAUUAAUUUCGACUAAUAUGAUUGCCCAGAAAUCUCUUGUAUUUGGGUUCAUUGAUCAUGAUGAAAUUUCAACAAGACCUGAUCCUCUCAGACAUUUUAAGUCAUAUAAUGGGAGUUAUAAUCUUGGCGACAAACACUAUUGGGCUUCUGCGGGUUUCACAGGCAUACAUGGAUAUGCAAUUGCUGGGAUUUGGUUAUUAUUUGGUUUGGGUUUUGGGAGUUACAUGAUUUUUAAGUAUUUUCAUGCCAACACAAGUACUUCAAUUGUUGAGCAUUCGCCUUCUUCCUAUAUUUUGAUGUUCUCGCUGGUUUUUCUGUUUACGAUUCUUGCCAUAGUUGCAAGCUGCGUUGUUUUGACUGCAAACAAUGGUUUUGAACAUAGAGUAGAAAGGCUUCGCCAAACAAUUUUUGAUGCUGGUGGUGAUACAUGUCAAUCCAUUAGAAGGGUAGUAAAGGUUUUGCUAAGUAUGCAAACUCUUUUAAGCCCUUAUAAUUUUCAGGCAGACCAGAUGUUGAACGUGACAACCCAUAGGCUUCGAAGAGGAUCUGUUACGAUUCAACAGUUUAUUGAUAAAACCCAACACACAAGCAGUGAAGCAAUUCGAACUCUGUAUGUUGCAAAUAUUGUCGUUGUCACUGUCAAUUUAGUGCUUUUGGUUAGUGCAUUAGUUUUACUCAUUUGGCAUUGGCCUCUUGGAUUUAUAAUAAUAAUCCUCUGCUGCUGGAUUUUGACAACUCUGAGUUGGGUGCUGACUGGCUUUGAUUUCUUUUUCCAUAUCUUUGCAGAUGACACCUGCUCAGCUUUGAAGGACUUUCAACAGAAUCCUCAGAACAAUAGCUUGCAAAUUAUACUUCCCUGUGCAAAUCCUGGAACUUCUGACAAAACGUUGGAGCAGAUUGGCGCCACGGUUCAUAAUUUCAUUACUCAGCUAAAUUCUAAGCUGAGAGAGGUACAAGGAUUAGGAUUAAAUGAUAUUGGGGAAAAUAGCGUAGGAACAAUUUGUGAUCCCUUCUCCGGUGCACCUAAUUACAGCUUCACACCUGAUCUCUGCCCUAAGGAUACUAUUCCAAUUGAAGAACUGAAAUAUGUUCUGUCAAGAGUCACAUGUUAUGGAGGAAAUUCUUCAGGCAAUUGCGCGGGUGAAGGAAGAUUCAUUCCACAGGCCUCAUCUGUGAUAUUAUUCGCUUAUACUCAAUCUAUUCAAGACCUGAUAGAAAUAUUCCCUGAUUUGCUGAGCCUAAGUCAGUGCUCCAAAGUAAAACAAGCAUUCGCCAACAUUUUACAGUACCAGUGCAGGCCAUUUAGACGUUCAGCACGAAUACUAUGGUCAUCUAUGUUGUCCCUCUCCAUUCUCAUGGUACUUUUAGUACUAAAAUUGAUAGUAAAAGCUCACCAAGAAACAGGAAGAAGCUUCAAUACAUGUUCCAUUACUCCUAAAAAAGUCGAAACAAUACCAAAAAACUUGCCCGAUUGCAGUAAUUCUGCAGGCAAUGUAUAGAAGAUGUAGAUGGUUUGCACAUUUUUUUUUUUCUUUUUUUGUAGUUAUAGAUGGAAGUAUACAGUGUAUACUCAUUCCCCCUGAAGUCGUAAGACGCCUUAAAAAAUGGGGGUUAAGUUAUAGAAAAUAGAAAUAGAGAAUAUCUUACCAAACUUGUAGUUGAUAUAUUGGUUCUUGUCAUGUACACGACUUAAUAACUGU